UGUAACCAAGGAAGCGGUCGUUCGCCAUGGUUUGAAUGCCGCGGGAGACAUGGUGGUGGUCGCAGUCCGGUGGGCCGCCGCUGGGUUGAUGUUGUGGGUGGCGGCGACGAGCUCUGUAUCCGGCUACCCGGUCACAGGCUGCACCGACCUCCGAGUGAACAAACCUGUCGCCGAGAGUGGAGAGAAAUGCUUCUGCCUCGACUCUGCGCCCCCGGGCUGGGCAGACCUCUGGUCGACCUUUCAGGUAACUGCGCAGUCAAAUGAGGACGAUAACCUAAAGAUUCUGCUUCCUGUUGAAGAUGCCGAUUGCAGAUACCCGGAGACAUUUGCUGUCUUUGUACAGUGCAUUAGAUGGCAUUACUUGCCACCUCCCAGGCCAAACCACACAGUGUCCCGGAGUGUCGCCUUUAUCGAUGAGCCAGCCUGCUUCAAAGUCCUCCCUUUUAAACUACGAUCCAGCUACACUGUGCUCAUCCAUGGCAGAAAGCUUGACGUGAGUCACUUUGCGACAUUUGCAGCUGGAGUGUUCCUGUUGUUCCGCGCGGGGGACCUGUGCAGGAGUGCGGCGCUCUGUUAUCUUACUGGGAUCUGCUUGGGUGUUCUGUCGCCAGCCGCUUUCCUACUGCUUGUGUUCAGGAGCAGAAUACCGGCGAGAGGCCUUCUCGUCCUGCUGCUCUUCCUGAGUUCAUGUGCGUCGUAUCUGGUGGUCCAGCAGAUCGUCUCCCGGUGGGAUGCCAUUCAGACGACGUACCGGAAGUACAUGACUGUGUACCUGCUCUGUUCGGGUCUCCUCAGCCUCGCUGUUUGCUACGCCAGGGGGCCGAUCAGCAGCCCGCAGGUCCUGAACGGGCUGACGUGGGCUCUGCGGUCCGUAGCCGUUGCCUUGCUGUACUGUGGCUUCACCCAUCCCACCGCCGGCAAUGCCAUCGUCUUGAGCGCCCUCGUCAUCGCGGUCCUGCCGCUGGCUUGCAGGACUUUCAAGUCGGCGUUGACGCAACGGAAGCCAUCAAAAGCCCACUUCAGAUUCCUGAGCGAGGAGGAGUACAGGGAGCAGGGAGUGGCAGAGACCAGGGCGGCACUGCAGGGGCUCAGGGAGCACAGCCGCAGCCCCCCGUUUCCCAUGUGGGAGGUGGUGCACAGACUGCAGUCCCCCAAGAGGUUUGCAGCUUUCGUGCGGGGCGCCCCUCAUGUAACCCCAGAGGAGAGGCAGGCCUAUGACCAGCACUAUGGCGCAGGAGGGGCUUAUUAUGAGCCCCUGAUACCCCGGAGCGAAAACGGGAUGACCUCCGCGGCUCUGCAGGGCGGUCGAGGGGACGAGGAUGACGACGAUGACAUGGAGUACUCUGAACCUCAGGCUCUCAUGCCAGCCAAGGAGGAGGAGGAGGAGGAGGAGGACCUUUUUUAGUUCCGUUUUUAAUGGGGUCUCGUAUCCUCUGCAUUUCUUCGGAGUGGUCGAGGACGAGCUCGGGUGAAGUUUUUAAGGAUUUUAUAGUAAACUGGUUUUAAAGAG